AUGCUUUCCUUGAAGCUGUUGUACAAGAGCCCGCUGGCUAGUUUUGUUAAUGGGUUCAGAAAAAGAAAAAAGAAAGAAGUUAUUCAAGCUAUAGAUGAUCCUACACUAGAGUCAGACCCUUUAAGAGCAGAAUAUGUCGCCUCUGUUCCUGAAGCACAGCUGUUCCGAGGAGUUCUGUUACAAGGUUACUUGGUGCCACCUAGCGUUCUCGAAGGACUUGAGGAUAUGCCAAUCAGAGAAGAUGAUGUUUUCGUUAUUACUUAUCCAAAAUCAGGAACAACAUGGACAGAAGAAAUCCUUUCUCUAAUUUACAAAGGAGGAGACGUUCGCAAGGUGGAACGUCAACUGCUGAUUUACCGAGUUCUCCAUCUAGAAGUGGGACGGCCGUUUGGACACCUGAGGUUCCUUCGAAAGCUUCACUCGCCUCGCUUGAUGGCUACGCAUUUACCUCUUCCUCUUCUACCAAAGGAACUCAGACAAGCCAAAUGCAAAAUAAUUUAUGUGAUGAGGAAUCCUAAAGACACGGCAGUUUCGUAUUAUCAUCACCAUAAAAUGAGCACUUUCUUGGGAAACAUAACAGAUUCAUGGGAUAAAUUUUUAGCUCAUUUCAUGGCUGGCCAUGUUGUUUAUGGAUCGUGGUUUGAUCACGUUUUUCCGUAUUGGGAAUUCUGCAAACAGCAUCCUGAUAAAGUGUUUUUCCUGUCUUAUGAAGAAAUGAAACUUGACUUACGAGGAAUGGUUACAAGAUUGUGCGAAUUUCUUGAAAAACCUCUUAACGAGGAAGCAAUCGAUACUAUAGUUGACCACUGCACUUUUGAAAGUAUGAAAACAAAUAAAAUGGUUAACAGAGAAGUUCUGCCUAUAACUGAUCUUUUCGACAUGUCCAAGUCAAAAUUCAUGCGAAAAGGCAUAAUUGGCGAUUGGAAGAACUAUUUUACACCAGAACAAUCAAAAGCUUUUGAUGAACUCUGCGAGACUUACACAUCUAAAAGCGAUUUGCCAUUUGUUUUUGAACCCGAAGAAGCGAUGAAAGCUUUUUUAAGUCACGGGAGAAUCAUUUUCAAUCAUCCUGAAAGAACAAAAGAAGAAAUAGCCGAAGACGAAGAAACCUAUUCCGUUGACCCUCCGACUCCCACAGAAGUUUCCGAGCCAUACAUUCCAUUUGACUAUACACAUGUACCAAUGCAUUCAUUGCAUAUACAACCUGAUCCACUUUCAAUGGAUACCAUACUAUGAUAUUUAAUGUCGUUACUAGUACCUUAAUACCUUUACCCGUGUAAAACCAUGAAGUACGUGUUGAAGAAGGUUUAAUGCAAAAACUCGAAACGCCCGCCGAUAGAAAAAUAUUGAAGUUUAAAGCAUACAGCAGAACUCAUUUCUCAAUGACUUUGAACUACAAUCGCUCGCUUUGAAUUUAUGUCUAUAACGUUAAUAACAUCGGGCAUAUGUGCCGCUACCAUUCUCAUCCGGAUGAGUUGAAUCAACUUUGUAGUUGACUCAACCUAUCGCGACUUUGUCAAGCAUUCACUCUGCACACAAGUAAACUAGUUGAGUCCACUUGGUUUAGUUUUAACAGUAUUGUGCAGCAGCUGCUCGAUUAAAUUUGACUUAUUAGAAGAAAAGUGGAUUUAACUAAGUUGCCUCGUGUGAAGACAACAAAACGCCAAUCAUCUAAUAGUUGACAGGCUUUUCAUCAUGCAAUAGUUGAUAGUUUUUUGAAACAUUUUUUCCACCAACCGCCUCGUGUAUAGGAGGCCUUAUUGUGUAUAAUUUUACUUUUACAUGUUGCGGCGAAAGGUAUGCCCUUAUUUUGGAGAGCAAUAAAUGAAAUACUAUUACAUG